AUGACGACGAUCUGCGGCGCGUUCCGCCAGCUCACGAGCGCGUGCGUGUCGGCCGCGGACUCCCCGCCUGCGCUCAAGGCGGGCGCGGGGUCGUCGCUGUCGUCCUCGCGGGAGCUGGCGCUGUUCUCCGGCCCGAGCGCGCCCCUGACACUCGCGGGACCCGCCACGCGCGUCGCGCGCAACAGCCGAGCGGGCCUCGUGGGGGGCUACGCGUCGCUGGACCAGUUCACGCGCUCCGUGGAGAAGGUGUCGACGCUGCGCGUGCCCAGGCUGCGCGCGGGCGAGCGCCUGGGCAGCAUGUUCAGCUCCAUGGACGCGCUGCUGGGCGUGCAGCUCGUGGCCUCGUCGCGCCGCGACUUCCGCGUGUGCAUCAACUUCGUGCUGCCCGGCAGCGAGGCCGAGGCGCUGGGCAUCCACCCGGCGGCGCUGGUUGUGGCUGUUAACGGCAAGUCCGUGCGUGGCGUGAGCCUGCCGCGCGUGCAGGCCACGAUCCGCCGCGCGCUGAGCUCGAGCAACCAUGCGGGCGAUGUCAUGGCGCUGGACGUGCCUGAGCUGGGGGACGUAAUCGAGAUCGACCUGGCCCAGAGAGAGCACGAGAUGAACGUGGACCGCAACCCGUUCGCGCUCACGCAGUUCCCGUCGCCACAGGGCCAGCAUCUGCCCGGCGUGAAGCAGUUCAGGGACGACCGCGACGCGGACGACAAGGAGCCUUUGCAGAUUCAGGAGCAGGCGUCCCCCGCACUCCUGGGACGCGAGAGAUCCAGGUCGUUCAAGCAUUUUUGGAUGUCGGACAGGUCCAGCAAGGCCUGCUACGAAUGCGAGCAGUUGUUCACGUUCUUCAGACGAAGGCACCACUGCCGCUCGUGCGGGCAGAUUUUCUGCGCGAACUGCUGUGCGAGGCUGCCGCAGUCUUUUGGGGGAAACAAGGUGGACGAGUCCAUUGAGAGGCUGAGGAAGCAGUUGGUGUGCCACACCUGCCACAGACAAUUACGAGAAGGGCUGCAGAUGGAGCUGACUGGAGCCAAGUUUGAGGACGACCCACAGAAACCCACGAACUCGCCACCGACGCAGACAUUGAUGCUGAUGCCGCAGCAUCUUGCAGAAGCGAUGGAGCGUUCGACGUCGGAUGCGUCCAAUUACAAGCAGUUGGACAAACCAGAGCUGUUCGACAAAGACGAAAUCAGUGACGACAUGCGUGUGACCGAGCAGCCGGAGAAGUCCCGCCCGCCGGUGCUGUUCAGCAUGUUCCCCAAGGUGCAGAUUGUUGCGAGCGCACAGCAUUUGGCGCACCAACCGCAUUUGCACGAGCUGACCAAGGAAGUGAAGCAGAGCGGGCACGAAACUGCGCGGAGGCUGAGGACAUUUAGCGAACCGCAGAUACUGUUCGAGAGAAAAGAUGCGCAGCAUGUGUCCCGGAAACUGAAGCGCUCCAACAGCCAGGCAGACCUGGGAAACCCGAGCAAUCAUCGCUGGAGUGAGGCAGAAUUUAAGCGUCUUGUGGCCGAGUCAAAUGCACAAGCUCGGCUUGCCGGUGCAUAUCCUCCGACUUCAAAUGCGUCGACGGCGCGCCCCAAGGCACUGUCGGCGUCUUUUGAUACUCCGCGUUUUGGGAACGCCGUGCAGCGGACCCCGUUCGGCCCCGACAAACUUUCGACAAAGGAUAUUGGCAUUCUCGCUAUGGUUGGUCUUGCUAAGGAUGCUCACGAUGAAUCGGAAGACCCUGAACGUGUUCUUAGGAGAGAUGCAGCUAUGGAGCAAAUGUCGAAGGAUGCCCGUGACCGCAUCGAAGAGCGCAUUUUCCAUUUGCUGGACAGUUCGCCUGCAGUAUCGCAGCUUCUCAUGGUAGAGCAACACCGCUGGAUGCAGAUUAUUAACCUGUUCGCGCAUCGAGCUGCACUCACCGUUUCGUGCGAACCCGACCAAGGCGACUUACUGGACAUCAUGCAAUAUGUCCGCAUCCAAUGUUUGGAUGGUGGCCGCGUCCAAGACAGUUUCUUCAUCGACGGUGUCCUUAUCCACAAAAGUUUGGCUCGCAAAGGGAUGAGAAGUGACAUUUUAAACCCGCGCAUCUUACUGAUCGCCUCAGCCUUGGACUACCAACGCAAGAAAGAAACGAUCUCGUCGCUGGAGAGUGUUGCCGGCCAAGAAGUGGAGUACAUGCACAUUGUGACGGAGAAGAUCAUGACUCUGAAUCCCGAUAUCGUUUUGUUCGAGGGUCACGUUCACCGAGUUGCGGAGGAGCUGCUUUUCAAAGGGAACGUUGCAGUUGUUAAGAACGUCCGUCUGAUUGAUCUGCAGCGAAUUGCGCGUUGUACUGGGGCGUCUGUGCUGACAUCUUAUGAUCACAUUGACAAAAUGUCGGAUGUUGGGGUCAUCGGUACGUGCAAGCGACUAUACGUAUUGCUGAGCGACCAAGAACCGAGGAGUGCGAAGAAAAUUGCGUUUAGAGCAAAUGCCGAUGGAUUUUAUGUAGCCGAGGAAGGACCUGGUAUUCCUCGACAGCGGAAAAAGCGCACGCAGCGCCAGAAUAUUGUUUUCGAAGGAGGUAUCACGUCGAAGGGGUGUACUUUGUGCUUGCGUGGAGGAACACACGAUGUUUUCACGGAGAUCACAAACGUUCUGACUACAAUUAUCCGUGCCGCAUACAAUAUGAGGCUUCAGCGGUCCGUGCUGGCAUCUUACGGGUACAUCGCCCCCAGCCAAAACCACGAACGAUCUGUCGCCGAGGAGUGGUUUGCCAAAUCGUCGACUUCGUUGUACAUUUCGCUCAAGUCGAACUCACUUUCGAUGCGCGCCGCUUUGAAAGAGACACAGGCGAUGUGCAAAUGGUGCAAGGCACACACGCGCUUUAAUAACAUCAGCUCGUUACGGGUGGUUCGUGGAGCUAAUGAUGAUGAUGGCGCCUUCUCAAGCGCAUCUAUGGUGGAGUCAGGCCAUCCCAAUUGGUGCACGUGUGGAGCGAGAUCAUCCAACUCACUGAGGGACAGAAUCUUGUUUUCUACUUGCUGGAGCACAUUGGAGGGAAAAACAGCUUCGAAAGCAGAUAUGAUGUGUAUUGACUUCUACAGCUCGAACGACAUGUCGGUGGGCCAAUUCCUGGAGAAUUUCUGCUUUGCGAGUAGUAAGGCUGAGUUCAAGCGCGCAUUCUCGACUUCGAAACUGUCGUUUUCCCACGAUACCGGGCGCAUUAUCGUGCGAGUGAAGGACUUAAAUGACUUCAAGGACUCGAGUGAUCAGCUCCCCCCGGCAGAAUUUCUCCGGGAGUUCAGCUAUCGUGCUGUAUUGCAGCAGAUUCGAUCGGAUGAAGUGCUGAUGUGGUCACGCAAUAUGAGCGGUGGGAAUGUGUCCACUCUUCUGUCCUCCGAGUAUUCGGUGGCUCCAAGUGACUUGUGGAAUUAUUCAUUCGGGAAGUUCUUGGAGGAUAUGUUUUACGGAAAGGCGAUGGACAUCGACUGCGUCCGCUUUCCCCAUCUAGCAGGGGUCAGUGGGUCGCGAGAUGCCUCGUUGGUGCACUACUUCUCUCGUCGCGGACGGGUGGUAAGUGUGCAUAUCGAGCCCCUUGAACCUGUUCUUCACGUAGCUUUGCAGCCGGCACUGUGGCAGGAGCAUAUUGAUCAUCAGGUUCAACUCGACGCCAUCCAUGACCUAUGCGAUCUUGUUCGCGAAGUUUACGGAGUGACAACGUCCAAGGUUGCUGAGUCGAUGGCAGACCUAGUCACGCCUUUACACGCCAAGCAAAACCUGAAGAUCCUACGGAAUGAAGUUCAGCAAUGGUAUUCCUGCUUCGGCGCAAAAAUCGAGGCGAACCCUCCGCAGGACGUGUUCGCGUACAACGCGCACUUUCGUGAAAUUUACGAAUACGCGGUGGGUUGGAGUCUGCGUAUCACAAGAGCCGUGCAGGCUACGGUGAAACCAACUAUGGCGAGCCUCGUAAACAGCCCGAAGAGUGCCCUCCCCAAGGCUUGGUUUGAUCAGCUUGCUCAACAAGCGGAAUCUAGUGACCGCUACAGCGAACCGUCCACCCCAAGUGUGCUAGGGUCUUCUACCCCUGUGAGUAUUAAUUUCCAAGAACCCGGAAACUUAGCCCACCUCGCGAGUUUUGCUCGCAGUUUGGCUGCUGCCAACAAGGACUCGCCGGCAGCAGGAAUGGCAAAGGUUGCCAACGAAGUGACCAAUACGUUGCGGCAGAAUGGAAAUGGAACUACAAGCUCACGUCAAUCGGAGCCGUGGGAUACAGAUGAAAGCUACGAUCGUUACGAUGAGUCUAGCCAUUCAUUCCCGGCCGACUACUUGGUAGAAACGGAGCCGUUCCCAGUCAAGGCCCCAGUGUUUGGACAAGCAGUUUCCACAAUGGGUGUACCAGGCCAUAUCUCAUCCACGAUGGGGGCUCUAGCUUCCAAGAAAGCGCUCGAAAACUUCCGGUUGACUCAACAAGCGAAAAAGCCUGACGGUUUGGGAUACUUAGCACUCCCUAAGCGGCUUCUCGAGUGGCAUCCUAGCCUACCGUUGGGGGCGAACAAGGCAGCCGUCUUGGUCAAUGCGAAACAACCUACUUCGGUGGUUGCGUACUCGCUGUUCUCGAAGGAGUACAGUCAGUGCAUCAAGGAAAAUAUGCGGAAAGAGGCAACCCGAUAUGCUCUCGAGUCAAAGGCUGACAACGGUAUUCACCCAACGUUUGAUUACGGUCAGUCCGAAGAGACUAGCAGCAUGCUACGCAUUUUACGCUCCGCUACGCGAAACAAUGUCGACCACAGCUUCGUCGAUGAGAACCAAUUCCAGUCAGCCAUGCGCUUCAGCUGCAAGUCGUACUAUGCAAUGCAGUUUCAUGCGCUCCGGAAACUAUACUACGGUGGUGACCGCAACUACGUGGAGUCUCUUUGCAACUGCCAGCAAUGGAAUGCGGCCGGUGGAAAGUCCGGUGCUGGGUUCCUGAAGACGCGUGACGAACGCUUCAUCGCCAAGGCCAUCCCGGAGAUUGAGCUGCAGAUGUUCCUGAGUAUGGCCAACGAAUACUUCUGCUACAUGGCAAAGACUUUCGAGAAUGAUUUGUCUUCCAUGCUUUCGAAGGUGCUCGGCAUCUACAAGGUGUCGAUCUCGAACACAACUCAGAAUGGUGACAGUGACCAAAACGUACGAAUGUGCGUGAUUGUGAUGGAGAAUUUGAUGUAUGGGCGCGAGGUGGACUUCUCCUUCGAUCUGAAAGGCAAGAUGGAAGGGCGCUACAAGGAGGACCGCAAUGGAGACAGCCGCAGUGUGCUCUGGGAUCGCAAUUUCGUGGAGCUGGCAGGAGGCAUCCCGUUACCGCUGCAGGAAUCCGCGUUGUCGCUGCUCAUAUCGGCCAUCAUGAAUGACACAACGUUCUUGGCGUCUGUCCAAGCAACUGACUACUCGAUGCUGGUGGGUUACGAUGUGGAGAAACAGGAACUGGUGGCAUGCAUUAUCGAUUACAUUCACAAAUACGAUUUCAUGAAGAUGAUGGAGCACGCUGGCAAGAGGCUGAUUCAGGAGGAAGGCGAGAUCACCGUGCUUAACCCGAAGCACUACCGCAAGCGCUUUUGCUUGGCCAUGAACAAGUAUUUCGUGACGAUCCCGUCACGCUACACAAAGGUGACCACGGUAAUGCGGAACACGGCGUCUACCACAACAGUCGGAAGUACGAACACAAUCAACCAAGAAGAAGAAAGAGACUAUGCGCAGCCCCCGUACAGCACGAGCACGACUGCUAGCAGCGUGAGCACGAUUGCAAGCUCUUAUGUGGGUGCUCACCGUCGCCAAGCGUAGGGUGCCUUGGGGGACCAUCGACAAAAAUGAUGAUAGU